ACUAGCCGGUCAGAACUUAUCGAAGGGCAUCGCAUAGAAAAAGGCACUGACCAUGUCGAACUCGGAAAUCGAGCCCCCGGGCAAGUUGGACCUGGAGAGCGAUCUCGAGGGUCUGCCCGGGGAGUUGGAGCUAACGGAUCCCUUGGCCGCGGCGCCCUUAUCGAUGAGGCGCAGCAAGCCCUACUUCAAGAAGUUCAAGGAGCCGGAUUCGGACGAGGAAGUGGGUGAUCCGCGCAAUCUGUUCAAUGUCCAGGAGUCCUGGCGAACGCUAAUGUCGCUGUCCAGUUGCCAAAAGGUCAUGGUGUCAGAAAAAGUUCAGAAGGCCUUGAAGAUCGAGGUGGGCAUCAAUGUGACUCAAGAGUUCCCUUGGAAGCAGGUGCAGUUCAAGGAUCUUCGGGACGUGCUCUUCGACGAGCUGGAGAAUUCGGCUGAGCUGAUGAAGAAGUUCAAGAACUUCAAUCCAGACCACUAUGUUCUGAUGGGGUUCUGUCCUCUACUCACCGAACAGGACGAUGAUCCGCCCGAGGGCGACCCCUUCAUCUUUUACUCGAGCAUCAAGGAGUCCAAAAUGGCCCUUAGUAUUAUCCAGAACAUGGAACACUUUGACCGCUGGCGAAUGCAGCGCCGCCUGAGGAAGAAGCCCCGCCGUUGGGUGAGCCAUGGAACCGACGAGGAGAUGACCAUCCUGGUGGAGCACUUCAAGGACGAGCCCAUCGACGUGGAGAUCCAGAGCGUCUAUCCCAUUCAGAUGCCACGGCACGUGGCCUUCGACUAUCGAAUGACCCGGGACGUUAGGGAUGGAGUGAUCGAGCUGCUGCCCAACGAGAACAUCAAGUGGGACAAUGUGACCAAGAAGAGGAUUAAUGUGUCGGUCCAAUCGGCUCCCCCGAAAAUCGAUAGGGAGCAGCAAACCAAUCCGACUUUUCCGUCGAACGCCUGGUCGCAGUAUCUCUAUGAAAUUGACGAUGAAGACCUGGAGCUCGAUGAAACGGAUGUGGAUGAGGAGGAGGAGAAGAAGAAGGCCCAAGCUAAACCCGGAACCUAUGUGGAGCCCGAGAAGCCUCCACCCGAGAUGUCCGCCCAGAUAGAGAUGCUGCUCAAUACCCUGGACUUUAAUCAGAUCGACAGUUAUCGCGACGACUACACUUUGAUAUCCUCGCGACAAGUGGUGCAGUAUACGAAUCCCUACCUGCAAGAGUUCCUUUGUUUUGCCAACAUCUCGAAGAGCAACAAGCGCUUCGUGGCUGGAUACGAUUGGUAUCCGAAAUUAUCUGGUCUUAUUGCAGUAUCCUAUGCCUUCAGUACCCCGGCUACCAUAAAUGAGGCCGGCAACCGGGUGGACUACGUGCAGCGAGCUGUUCUGGAGCCCAAUCCCGUACUCCUUUGGAGCUUCUCGGAUAAUCUCAACUAUAAGCUGGAGUUCGAGGCUCCAAUCGAGAAUACCGCCCUGACCUUUUGCCCCUUCAACGGGGACAUCUUGCUGGGAGGGUCGAAGAAUGGUCAGGUGGUGUUGUGGGAUCUGCAGGGGCGAUGCGAGAGGCUGGAUGAGGAGGAGUAUUUGACGGCUGCCCAGGCCAAGUACCGGGUGAUGAUUGGCGAGUUCCUAAACUGGACCAUUGACAUCGAGGACAAUGUCAUCGCACCGGCCACCAUUUCCGGGCUGGACUGCUCGCCAAAGGGUGCCAUCACGGGCUUCUAUUGGCUGGGUCGUUCGAUAUACCUAAGUCAAUUUGGAAAGGUUUACAACGACACCGAUCCGCGGAACAACCACAAGUUCUUUGUCACCUGCGCCUUCGAUGGCACCAUUAGCUUCUGGGACCUCGAUGGCAAGGGGGCGAAGGGCGGCAAGGAGAAGAUGCGGAACCGCAUGCUGCCCAAGGCGCUGACCCAAAGCGAGUCCGCCUUCAAGUCGCUGGCCAUCAAGCCCACCUACAACUUAUCUUUUCCGGAACCCCUCACGGGAAUCAUUGCGGACACCUCGUGCUUCUCGUGUCUAACGCCAGUUGCCCGCUUGAUUCACGCCAAUCCCUCGAACUAUCCCAUCAAGACGAUCGCCAAGGACCCGCCCACUGUUCGCCAGAGCAUGAUAGUGUCCACGUUCUAUGGUCAUGUCAGCCGGAUCGAUUGGCAGGGCACCUAUACGGAGGGCGAGCCCACGGAGAUGAUCAACAGCUCGACUCCCUUCGCCAUGGUCCACGACGGACCUGUGGUGAUGGUGAAGAAGAAUCCCUUCUAUCCGCAGCUAUUCGUCUCCAUCGGGCGCACUAUUAUGGCCAUCUGGAAGGAGGACUACAACUACUCGCCUAUUUUUUGGAGGCGGAGGGCCUGUGACUUGACAGCCGUCGCCUGGAGCGAAACGCGUCCGGCUGUUUUGUAUCUCACCAGGAUCGAUGGAAUACUCGAGGCGUGGGAUAUAUUGGCUCGCGAUGAUGACGCCUGUCUAACAGAGAUCCUCGGAGGCGGCAUAAUUACUGGGAUCACUGAGCACCGCCCCUCGCUUCCCUAUAAGAUCCUGGGCAUUGGUGACUAUAAUAGCAGCAUUAGGAUGGUGAAACUGCCACAUUCCUUCGAUGUGCCGCUGCCCAAUGAACUGCAGCAGCUGAUGAACUAUGUCCUGAAGGAGGAGCGCCGCAAGAUGGGCAUCCAGGCGUGGGAGCAGAAGUACUACGAGCUCAACAAGGACAUCAUAGAGGCGAAGCGGGAGGCGGAGGCGGAGACGCGCAAGGAAAUGGAGAGGCUGGAGAAGGAGGAGCAGCUGGCCACCAGGAAGAAGGGACACAAGUCCGCUGAGGAAGGAGGCGGAGGAGGCGAGGAGGAAAGGAAAAAACCCUACAGUGGCCUUAACUACAACGAGAAAAUGGCCGUGAUGUGGGACGAACUUAAUCUAAACAGGAUGAUGACCAUCCUGAUGUCGCGCAAGCAGAUGGAUCCCGAGAAGUUGGCCAGGGAAACGGCGCUGGAGAAGGAGCGACAUGCCUACGAGGCGGCCAAGAAGAAGUCCCAUUCGGAUGUCCUGGCCCGGGUGGAGAACGAUAUCGCCAACAUCCGGGCGAGAAUCCUGCCAGCGGAGAUCGCGGACAUGCAGCGCAGCGAGAUGAUCGCCGAGCGGGUGAAACGAGAGAUAGAGAAUGCCGACACCUAUGAGCAGGUGUGCGAGGAUUCCUUCGAGAUUCUGAGCAAGUUCAACGAGUUCAAAUCGAUCGACUACAUUGAGUUCCUGGAGCGGGGUCGCCAGAGACGGCGGCUAUUGGAUCAAUCCUUGGGCGGAAACACUGAUCGACUGCUGUGGUACGAGGAGAGGGUCCGGCUGGGGGAACUGGGCGAGUGCCAGUUCGGCUAUGAAUCCGUUGGCGGAACCCAGGCGGAGGAGUCCAGUCAACCCGAAUUCGCAGCUACUCACUUUAUGUUGCCCAAAUCGAGCAGCAAUACUGUUGUGGAUACGGUGGCAGAGGAGUUCGAAGGCUAA